AAGAAUCUUUUAAUACUCUAGAUAUUUUUCAAUUAUAAUUUCAAACUACAGAAUACAAACAAACCGUAAAUUAGAAAAGGAAUACUACAUUUUGGGAUUUUAAAGAAUACAUAGGAAAAUUUUGCAUAGAUCUACAAAAUGUCCCUAUAACGUAUCAGAGAAAUGUCUCUUUCUGUUAAUACACGUGGUACUUUGUGGACCAUGUUUUGUAUAUUCUCUAAUACGUUUUAAGUAAAUACUUACAGUAUUUGUAAAAAGAAUGGGGCUGAUAAAGCAAGAAGCGCAUCGACCAGGUGCGUUUAAGCAAACGAAUAAACCACACAAAACUGGAAGACAUCGCAGCAAAGGUUCUAUAAGCGCCGAUGUUAAAGGGAAAGUUAGCGUGAAAGUUCUAUCGAAACGCGCGCACAAGGAUCUUGGAAAAGAAGCUAGAAGACAUCAGUUAUCUCAAAUUAGGAAAAAUAAGAGAGAGAAUGUAUUGCAACAGAAAAGAAAUUUAGGAGGAUCUAAUUCUGCUCCAAUCCUUAUAUGUGUAGUACCAUUGCAGAAGGACUUAGAUCUUCAAAAAGUCUUAUCUGUCAUAACGAAAGUGGAUGAGACUGCAACCGUAACUACCAGCCCUUGUGGCUCAACACACAUAAGUAUACCUAGAUUUAAACAACGAUUUUCCAUUAUUGUGCCACCAGUUGGUGAUAUAUUUGCUACAUUAGACGCAGCAAAAGUAGCUACAACUAUUCUUUUCGUUGUCUCCACUUUAAAUCCAUCGGAUAAUAAUCUAAGGAAAGAAAUUGUUGAUCAAUGGGGGGAAGAAAUCAUUAUGUCUUGUAUUGCUCAAGGUAUGACUACUUCGGUAGUUGCAUUAAUGAAUCUUGAGGAUCUUCACUUAAAGAAACGUCAGGAUUACAAGAACCGUGUACAGACUACAAUCAACAAGUGGCUCCCAGAAGCAAAAAUUUCUCAGUUGGAUACAGCUACAGAUGCUCUGAAUGUUUUAAGGCGAGUUGGCUCUCAAAAACAGAGAAGUGUGGCUUAUAAGAAUAAAAGACCUCAUUUGUUAGCUGAAGAAAUAAAGUUCAAUUGUAAUGAAGACUCCAAUGAAUUGGGUUCUCUCAUAGUAUCAGGGUAUCUUAGAGAGAUACCAUUAUCAGUUAACAGGUUGAUACACAUACCUGGACUUGGGGAUUUUCAAAUGUCCCAAAUCGAUGCUCCUGAAGAUCCAUAUCCAUUGGAAACAAAGCAAAGAAAAUCCAAUGAUGCAAUGGAUGAAGAAAUAUCCAUCAGAGUCUUAGAACGUGCAGAUCCAAAGAAACAAGAAUCUCUUGACAGUGAAAAUGCACCUGAUCCUAUGGACGCCGAACAAACGUGGCCCACGGAGCAAGAACUAGCUGAAGCUGAAGCCUUGAGAAAGAAGAAAAUUAUGAAGAAAGUACCGAAAGGAACUUCCGUGUACCAAGCAGCCUGGAUCCCUGACGAGGACGGAGAGGAAGUGGACAACGAGUGUUCAGAUGAUGAAUCGGAAGAUCAAAUGUCUUUGGAUGAAGCAAAGUCUCAAAUAGACAGUGACAUGGAAGCAGAAGAAGAAGAGAACGAAUAUGAGACAAUUACAGUCUCAGAAGCUGCUUUAGAUGAGCAAAAAUAUGAUCAAGAUAUUGACAUGGUAGAGGAGAAAGCAGCUAUAGAAAAAUUGAAAUUGGCAAAAUUGGAUGCACAAUUCCCCGAUGAAGUAGAUACACCUCAAGAUACAUUAGCAAAAGUAAGAUUCCAAAAAUACCGUGGAUUGGAGUCGUUCAGAACAAGUCCAUGGGAUCCAAAGGAAAAUCUGCCCAUCGAUUAUGCUCGAAUCUUCCAAUUCGAGAACUUUGAUAGAACAAGGAAACGCAUAUUCAAAGAAUCAUCGGAAAUAGAAGGAGCUAUGCCUGGCUGGUAUAUCACGAUUCACGUUGCAAACGUUAGCCGUGAUCGUUUCACUGCAUUCUGUGCAAUGGAAAAUCGUCCACUGAUAAUCUUCGGUCUAUUACCAAACGAACAGAGAAUGUCCUUUGUAAAUUUGGUAUUAAAACAUUCUAAUACAAGUCCGCAACCAGUCAAAUCUAAAGAGCGAUUAAUAUUUCAAUGUGGAUUCAGAAGAUUCAGUGCGAGCCCAAUAUUCAGCCAACAUACAAAUGGGAGUAAACAUAAGUACGAACGUUACUUUCGACCUGAAAUGACUGUUGUAGCAAGCAUGUAUGCGCCGAUUACUUUUCCACCUUGUCCAGUUUUAUGCUACCUUGAAAGACUGAAUGGAUCAUUGGAGCUGAUAGCAACUGGUAGCGUAUUAUCUGUAAAUCCAGAUAGAAUUGUAGUGAAGAGGGUAGUUCUUAGUGGUCACCCUUUCAAGGUGCACAAACGAUCAGCUGUUAUAAGAUUUAUGUUUUUCAACCGGGAGGACAUAAAUUGGUUCAAACCAGUCCAACUGCGAACGAAAUAUGGUCGUAGGGGACACAUAAAAGAGCCGUUAGGUACACACGGUCACAUGAAAUGUGUAUUUAACGGGCAGCUGAAAUCGCAAGAUACAAUUUUAAUGAAUUUGUAUAAACGAGUUUUUCCAAAGUGGACGUACGAGCCGUUAUUAACGCAGUCGUCCCAUCGAGAAGAAGACAUAAAUAUGGAAUGAAACGUGUUUCCUAAUAUUUAAAUGUACAUACAACAAACACAUAUAGAAGCUUCUAUCGAAUAAA